AUGGGGAUACAAGGCUUGAGGAAAGAAGUCACCGAAAGUUUAGUGACAAGGAAAUUAAGUGAUUUAAAACACACCCGGGUUGCUAUAGACGGCUACGCAUUGCUCCAUCGAGGGGCUUAUAAAGAUGCCAAGACACUAUGUGAAGGGAAGGACUCGCAAUUUCUCUCGGAAUACAUUAUGAAGGUCGCGCAAUGUCUGCAAUCAUGUCAAAUCACACCGAUCUUCGUUUUCGACGGUGCGGAGCUCCCGUCGAAGAAAAUGACGGAAGACGAGAGGAAAAAAAGUCGUGACUGUGCACUUGAAAAGGCGAAACAACUUGAAGACUCUGGACUAGUGAAUGACUCUGAGAAGUACUAUAACAAAGCUGUGGAGAUUAAGCCAUGGAUGGCGACUGCAGCGAUCAAAAGUUUGAGAGAAAUAGGGGUGGAGUCUAUAGUUGCGCCGUACGAAGCAGACUCCGAGCUUGGGUAUUUAAGCAAAAUUGGAUAUGUCGACGCAGUGUUAUGUGAAGACAGUGAUUUGAUCGUUCAUGGGUGUAAAAGAGUUUGGUUUGGGUUCAACUUGUCUGAAGAGACUGUGAAGGAGUUUACUAUUGAAAACUUUGCACAUACGGAACUUGGCCAGUUAAGUCGAGAGAAGUUGGUGUAUCUGUGUGUGUUUGCGGGGUGCGAUUACUGCAAGAGUCUCCGAGGAGUUGGCAUCAAGAAGGCGUUAAAGCUUGUGACGUCUGCUGUCGACAUCGAGAAAGUACUUGACAAAAUGGUCAACGAGACUUUCAAAUAUCAAUUCAACGACAACGAGGAGAAGAGAAAAUAUUUGGAGAAUGUCCGUGAUGCGGUAUUCACUUUCAAUUACGCGUAUGUGUACGACCCAAUCAGCGAAAACAUAGUGAACACCAACGAAGUUCCCGAAGACGAGGAAAUGAAUAAAAGAAGGCUUUUGGGUGAACGGAUUGAAGACGACAUUGGAAAGAGGGUUGCCGAAGGAGAGCUUGAUCCCAGUACACACGAAUGUUUUGAUAUGAUGGAAGAGAGUACUUUCAUCGACGGGUCAAUCACUUCGAAAACUGUUGGAGGGUCGAACGGGAAGUUUUUGUAUCAGGAGCCGAGUCUUGUAGGGUAUAACGUUGACCCGGUGAAAAUGAUCGACUGCGAGAGGAUUAUGACGGUUGUUGAGAGGAGCCAAAACAUGAAGAGAAGUUCCAUGAGUUACCACGAAAAUGCAAGCGAGAUUGACGAGAGUGACUUUGAGGCGAUGAGUGUGAUGAGCGCGAAGAGUGCGCCGCCGAGCUAUACGAAAGGGAAGAAGCGAGGGAAAAAGGAGAAGAAGGAAGUGCCUCUAAUGAAGCCAUUGCUAUUCAGUAAAGGGAAAAUGUGUCGAAAGAGUGACGACAAAGCGGAUCAGUUUGAUUGGGGUGUAGACACGAGUGAGUUUAAUAAAGAGUUUCCCGAGUGCACCACAAAGAAGAGAAGUUCGAGCUUCUUGGAGGACAAUUUCAAUUUGGUUGUGCCCGACUUUGAUAUGUAUUAUUUCAUUAAACAGUUACAUUAA